UGUCAUAUAUGUGGGCUGAAAGGUUGACUAUAGAAUCAAAGCCCAAGACCGUUUCUGAACAAUUCAACGUCCUCUUCCUCUACCAUUUCACUUCUUCACUCCCAGUAUCCGUCACAGACGGCGAAACUGGAAACAAACGGCCAACAAUGGCGGGAACUUCACGGGGAAGUACUCGAAGCAGAGCUUCGAAAUCUUCCGCCGAAAAUGCCCCAAUUCUCAGUCCUCUCAAUCCAAAACUACGAAAGGAUAAAACAAGAAAUAACAGCUUAAUUCGCAUUUUCAAUGUGAACCUCAAGUUCCUGCUAGGGUUUGGGAUUAUUUCCUUUGUGAUCGCACUCUUUUUCAUUUAUCCGAUCGUUAAUCCCAUGGAGAAACCUCAAAAACCCAGAGUGAUCACUCCACUUCCAGCUCCAAAACUAACGGAUCUUCCAAUGUUUCAAGGAGAGCAUAGAGAGAGCUUAUACUGGGGUACUUACAGGCCUCAAGUUUAUUUCGGAGUUCGUGCAAGGACUCCACAAUCAUUAGUUGCUGGUUUAAUGUGGAUUGGAGUGAAGGACGGGAGGUAUUUCAUGCGUCAUGUAUGCCAAGAUUCAGAUGAGUUGAAACAAUAUGGAUGGACUAGUCAUAAUGGACGGGAUUAUGGACAUCAGGUUCUGACUGAACAGACAAUGUCCUUGACAACUAGCUUUCUGAAAUCGAAGGGCCAUGGUAGUGGCUAUGGCGGAGACUGGGCUGUUCGAAUUGGAGCGCAGAGCAAUGAAUCUAUACCCGAUGAUGAAAUGUUAAACACCGCACACUUGUUUUUUUACAUGGCUGAUGAAGGAGGAAAAAGUUUUAAUUUGGGUAGAGGAGUCCUGGAUAUUCAUGAUGAUUCUGUAUUGGCGUCAGGAUCACGUAGUGACACUGGAGACUGGCAGCUUCACUUAUUGUCAGAGGAUGUUUCUCAAGUACAUUAUUCUGGUUUCAAGACGCCUCACAUUCACAAUUUAUCUGAUCUUGUCCUGGCAAAUUUGGCAGUCCAAGCAAGAAAAUUUGGCCAUUUGCUGCUUUCGGAUUCAUCUGAUGAUUCUCCCAGCAUUUUAGUAUUUCAGAUCUCUGCUAGGAUUCCUUUCAGAGCAGACAUUGUUUUUCUUUCUGGGACCAGUACUCGUGAUUCAAGAGUUGAAGAACGGCUUAGCAGGCUAACAGGUAUAUCGCUGACCAGUUUACUAUCUGAGAAGCAAAAGGAGUUCGAUGAUAAGUUUAAGAAAUGCUUUAGCCUAUCUGAUGAGCUUGGUUUGGAAUCUGAGAGUGUUGGUAAGGUUGCUCUGGGGAACAUGUUGGGUGGGAUUGGCUACUUCUUCGGCCAAUCAAAGAUUUGGCUUCCAUCAACCUCCACUCUGAAUGCUGGGGAUAAUUCUGUCUUGUACUGGCCUGCUGAGCUAUAUACAGCAGUUCCAAGUAGGCCCUUCUUUCCAAGGGGCUUUCUGUGGGAUGAAGGUUUUCAUCAAUUGCUAAUCUGGCGUUGGGAUAUAUACAUUAGCUUGGAUAUCAUUGGACAUUGGCUGGAUCUGAUGAAUAUUGAUGGAUGGAUUCCGCGCGAGCUAAUCUUAGGUGCUGAAGCCUUAAGUAAGGUCCCAGAAGAAUUUGUUCUUCAGCAUCCAACUAAUGGAAAUCCACCGACAUUGUUUUUGGCCUUGCGCGAUGUAAUUUCCAGCCUGAAGAAAGAAAAGUUUGCUGCUGCUGAAGCAAGUGAUAUCUCUGUCUUCUUGGACCGGGCGUUUGUUCGGCUUGAAGCAUGGUUCAAAUGGUUUAACACAACCCAGUCUGGAAAGGAACUGGGCAGCUAUUACUGGCAUGGAAGAGAUGCUGCUACGAUCCGUGAACUAAAUCCUAAGACAUUAUCCUCUGGAUUAGAUGAUUAUCCACGUGCAUCUCACCCAAAUGAAGAUGAACGGCAUGUGGAUCUUAGAUGCUGGAUGCAUCUUGCAGCAAAUUCCAUGCGUUCAAUUGCAGAGCUUCUGAAGAUGGAUAAAGAUGUUGAAAAGGAGUAUGGCUUUACUGCAAAGAUGCUCUCAGAUUUUGAACUUCUUAACAAGAUGCACUUAGACAGUGCCAAUGGAGCUUAUUGUGAUUAUGGAAAUCAUACAGAAAAGGUUCAGUUAACUUGGAAAAUACUGGAGACUGGCAGCAAUUACCCAAGGCGAGAGCUCGUACGAGAAGUCCUAGAAAAGCCUGUUUUACAAUUGGUUCCUCAUCUUGGUUACGUGAGCCUUUUCCCAUUUAUCCUCAGGCUUAUUCCACCAGAUUCAUGGAUACUUGAUAGACAGCUUGACCUUAUCUCUAAUAGGAGCAUUUUGUGGACUGACUAUGGGCUGAGAUCCUUAUCCAAAACAAGCUCCAUGUAUAUGAAACGAAACACAGAGCAUGACGCUCCGUAUUGGAGAGGGCCAAUCUGGAUACCCUUGAAUUAUUUGAUUGUUUCCUCACUUCAUCACUACUCUCAAGAGCCUGGACCACACAGAGAAAGAGCCAAAACCAUCUACACUGAUUUGAGGAGCAAUUUGAUAAGAAAUAUAGUUGGGAACUAUCAGCGGACAGGGUAUCUGUGGGAACAAUAUGAUCAGAAGAGAGGGAAAGGAAAAGGUGCUCGCCUGUUUACUGGAUGGACAGCCACUGUGCUAUUGAUCAUGGCAGAAGCUUACCAUGAAGUUUAGUGAUGGUAAUAUCAAACUAGUGGAGCCAAAACAAUAAUUUUUGACAUUCUGCAUUUAUAUGUAUACUACUACUAGUAAUAGUGUUUUUGAUAAUCCACCGAUAUCCGAGAAUGCAUUUUACUAAAAGAAUUUAAAGGUAAACUUAUUUGGUUCGCCCGUGAGAUUGAUAAAAGAGUUUAAUGUUGACAUACUGCAAAAGUGAGUUGGGACGAGCUAACUAGGACAUACUCCUACACCUCAAUACCAAGUAAGUUUGUUCAGCUAUAUGAAUCCCUAUUAACCAUGAUGUGUGGAUUCAGUUCACAUAUUAAUCUGUAGUGUGAGAAUUCACCAUGAAUUGAUUAGCUUUAUGCUGGCUGUUAACCUACCACAACCUUCAUCUUUUGUUCGAGCUUGAGAUGGGCAAUGUGAUAAUUCAAAUUGCUAAACGGUUGGCCUAA